AUGAAACGGAAAUUCUUGAAGCAAUUAUUGCAGGAACAAAUAUUUGAAAAUCUGAUUGCACGAAAUAUGAUUGUAAUUCCAAAGCAUGCCAAAACGAAUAACAACCGAACAGGAGAGGCCACGGUGUUCAGAAAAUUAUAUGGAGAUGAAAUAUUUAAUAAUGUAAACUCCAUGAAUGUAAUUUUGGAAGAAUAUUAUUUGGACUAUUUUAUGAUGCCUUCGACCUUUUACGAUGAGUGCUAUAAUAUUGGAUUUUGUUUUAAUGUGGAGGAUGAUCAUUUGAAAAUUCAAAAUCCUUAUUAUUGGAAGUACAUCCAUAGAGGCAUAAAUUCAAUUAGAAAAAUCGCUGACAAUGUAUCAUGUCAUUACCACCAAGAAGAAGAAAUGAAACUUCUUCAGGAUUUAUUUGGCUGUUCCAACCUUAAAACGCUUCAAAACGUUGGGAACAAAUUAUUUCAAAUUCUAUUCGAAAAUUCUCAACAUGUGAGCAAAGAUCUAAGAUUAAGAGAACGCAAUUACAAAGACAUUCCAGUUUCAUUAAAAUUUGAACUGAUUGUCCAAGAAGCAAAUUAUCAAAUUAUCAAGUGCUUUACUCCAGAUGGUAAACGCUUGUUUUGGAAUACUAGAGAUGUGACAACAAUAUAUCAAUACUUGAUACAUAAUGAUCAAACUGAAAAGGAAGAGAAGACAGCGCGUGAGAUGCAUACAGAGAGUCGAUACUCACCUUUGCUUUUUCAAAUUCUCAGACUACUAAUGUCUCUCUUUAUAAUGCCCUAUGAUCAUGUAGGGAAACCACUCAUAGAUGGUGAUGACGUAGAAACUCCAAACAAGGAUCACUCCUCCCACCCAAGCGACAUGUUCAUUUUGACCAUUCUCAAUCCAAUUGAAUUGUCGAACAUUUGUAAAGCUUUUCUUACAAUUCAUCAACUCAUUUCCACUCUACUGAUGCAAGAAUCUCAUUGGUGA